GUAUGUGCGGUUCAGCCCACUUGUGAGCGGAGCCGCAGAGGUUUAGUUCCUUCCUUUGGUUUAAACAGUCGAAUGUGUUGGGUGAAGUUUGGACGAGCUCUUUUUACUUACUUUACGGUCGCCUUUACUAACUUUGCCAUUGGAUGCAAGUUGCAUUCAGUUAAGUGUAGUUGUUGGCUUUUAGCACUAAAGUGACUCGUGAGGCAAUUUUAUCGUAAAUACUCACCAGUUUUUAAAACAAGAAAUCGCCCUUGGACUGACCUAUACACGCAGCAUCUACGCGUCCCGCUGACAGAAUAGAAAAUAUGAAUUCCAGCGAUCAACCGGAUCAAAGGGACGAAACUGAAGAAGAACCAGAGACUCCCGUUCCCGAUGAAACAUCAGAAGAAUCUGUCGACUCAGGUGAUAAUAGCAGUGAAGAUUCAAAUGAAUUCUCAAAUGAAGUCGAGGAAAAUCAGUCACGGCCACUGAUAGAAGUCGAAACCAGGUCGAGCGGUGGCCUGGAGGCAUCAGACAGCGGGGAACACGUUGAAUGUGAAAGAGAAAACUACCCCGACAUAGCGCUGGUUGAGGAUAUUGAAGAUGAGCCGGAAGACCACAAAAUGCUUGAAACUAUUGAAACGGUGCAAGACGAAGCACAAGAAAGUCCUUCACACCAGCCGGAAAAUGCUGAAAUGGCUGUAGAACUAUUAGGUGUCGAGUUAUUGGAAGAGCCGGUGAAAGAAGGUGAAAAUAUUACUCUGGAGACCGAGGUAAAAGAUGAAGACAUUUUAGAAAUGAACAUUAAAGUUUGCGAGGCGAUUGAUAAUAGCUUCGAAGCAGAAAAUGAACCCAUAUUACUCACUGAUCUUGGCAAAGAGAGCUAUCCAGAAUAUGAUGAACCAGUUGACAAAAAUGAAUCAGAUGAACCUGAAUAUUUUCCAAAUCUUUCAAAAAACCAACCAGAAGAAUUACUAGAUGUCACUGAAAUGGAAGAACCAAGUGAGGAUAGCGUGACGGAAGCUCACAUUUUUUACACACAUGUUGAAUCCGUUGACUUAGAAAUUGCCCUUAACAUGGAGGAAAACACGGAUGACCCAGGUUUGGCAGUUGAAUCAGACAUCGACUACACUGAAAUUACGAAUGAGCCGGUAACGGAAGUUUACAAUCGUAAUGCAGAAACGGUGAUGGAAAAUGAAGAAGUUCUAGAAAUGAAUAUUAAAGUAGAGGAAUCUACAACUAAACACGCUGACCCCGAAAAAGAAAUCCUACUUACACUCGUUUAUAACGAUCAAGAAAAGGAGGGAAACCACGGAAGUGUCAACUCAAAUGAAUCAACCGAAGAAAUAACUGAUGUCCAAGAUGUCCCCUCGAUUGACGAGCUGGAAAAAAACGAAGAAUCUUACGAGUUAUUAAAAAAUGCAACCGAAUUCGACCCAUUGAAAGAGACAGUUGUCGAAUUUGACAAUGUUGACGUGCUACGGGGGAUAGAAAAUCUAGAAGAUGUAAAAGGAGAGGAUAUGAUUACACAUGAAGAACACGUGUCUGAAACCAAUCAAGAAGAGACUGAAGCCAAGGAACCUGGAACAAUUAUUUCGGUCGCAUUCAUACCGACGACACUUGAUGAACCUAUUGAGUUUAUAGACUCGGAAACUUUAGAAAUGACCCAAAAUAAGGUUGAACAACCUAUUGAAAGUUCGGAAAAGCUGGGAGAAGAAAUGUCGUUUCCUUUAAAUGAAGAAAAUGUAAUUGCAGAUGGAAAACCACUAACACAACUAGAAGAAUUAAAGGUUGAACUGGUUCCGGUGGUCCCACCUCGCCCACUUCAGAGUCAGGGAGCGAGUUCGCCUCAUUUAGUUGCUGGAUCGGAAGACAACGCCGAACUUCGUAGAGCAGCGAGUGCGGACUCGAUUAAAUCCCCUGAGAAAGUGUCCGGAAGGCGGAAACCGGAAUGGAUGAGGAAGUCGCUUGUAAGAAAAGGUUCAGUUAGACGGUUGUUCAGCCGUAUGAGAUCGAAGCGUUUCAGUCAUGAUCGACUGGAGACUCCACCACCACAGCCCACAGCACCACAACGUCCUCUACGACAAAUUAUCGUUGAUUUUUUGUUGUUAUUAUUCGAAUCGUAAAUGUCAUGCAUAAUGGAUUUUUCAUGUCGGGAAAGGUUAAAUUAUACUUAUUACGAGUAACAAAUGAACGUUUGCAAGUUCUAUUACUCGUGAUAGCAAAACUGUGUGUCCAAAUUUGCAAUCUCACCCUUUUUUGUGGUAAUUUUUCUCAGAAUUCAUUGGUGUAAAAUGCAGCUAUAGAUAAAAGUAAUAAACAACCGAAUAAUACUAA